AUGGUCAGCUGGUCUGUUUCGGAUGCGCAGAUGGGCGGUGUGUUGUGCCAGCAGAGUUGGGACGCAGUUACAGCAGUCUCAGCGGGCUUUGGUCAUACCUGCGCAGUGCGGUCAGAUGGUCAGCUGGUCUGUUUCGGAGCCAACGAGUUGGGGCAGUGUGAUGUGCCAGCAGAGUUGGGACCAGUUCGGGCAGUCUCGGCGGGUUUUCAUCAUACCUGCGCAGUGCGGUCAGAUGGUCAGCUAGUCUGUUUCGGAGACAACAGAGAGGGGCAGUGUGAUGUGCCCGAAGAGUUGGGACCAGUUACAGCAGUCUCAGCCAGCCGGACGUAUACCUGCGCAGUGCGGUCAGAUGAUCAGCUUAUUUGUUUUGGAGAAGAAUUCCCACGGGUGGAGUGA